ACCCCCAACAAAUAGAUCUAUCAAAUAUUUUACAAUCAAUCUUUUCCUCUCUCAUUUCUCCAUACUCAGUAUUCCUCUCCAAUAACACAGCUGGAGAGUACUAUCUUCAAUUCUUCACUAAAAUGAGCCAGUGUGUUCCCAGCUGGGAUGUCGAUGACAACCCACCACCCCCAAGAGUCUCUCUUUGUUCCAACUCCAAUUCAACUACCCCUGAUGUCCCCAUGUUAGACUAUGAAGUUGCAGAACUGACAUGGGAAAAUGGACAAAUUUCAAUGCAUGGCUUAGGGUUGCCACGAGUGCCCGUAAAAUCCAUCACCACCGCGGCCGCCACCACUGUUCCUUCCAAGUACACAUGGGAAAAGCCUCGCGCAAAUGGCACUUUGGAGUCCAUAGUCAACCAAGCCACUGGCUUACCCCACCGCGUCAAACCUUUAGACAGUAGUAACGGUGGCGGUGGUGUCUGUGGGAACAUGUUUGUCCCAUGGUUUGAGCCCCAACAUGCUGCUGUCACCGCCGCCGCUGCUUCCAACACCUUGACUAUGGACGCAUUGGUCCCAUGCUCGAACCGCACGGAGGAGCAAAGCACCCAGGUUAUAGAUUCCAUCCCUGCAGCGCUUGGAGCGUGCAUGAUGGGUCGCUCCGCACGUGUGGGGUCUUGCAGCGGCGCCGCUACGGCCACCCACGAUGAAGGAGCGCGCCUAGCUGCAGCGGGAAAGCGUACCAGGUUGGCGCGUGUGCCGGUGGCUGCGCACGAAUUGAGCCAGAGUGUGAGUGGCAGCGCCACCUUCGGGAGGGACAGCCAGCACGUGACUCUAGACACGUGCGACAGGGAACUUGGUGUUGGUUUCACUUCAACCUCCAUGGGGUCACCGGAAAACACAACCUCUGCCACGCCAUGCACCAAGACCACCACAGUAGAUGACCAUGAUUCUGUUUGUCACAGUAGAUCAAUGAGGGAGGAUGGGGAUGAGGAGGAGAAAAAGAGAGGAAUUCGGAAAUCUUCUGUGUCCACUAAAAGGAGCAGAGCUGCAGCUAUACAUAACCAAUCUGAAAGGAAAAGGAGGGAUAAGAUAAACCAAAAAAUGAAGACAUUGCAGAAGUUGGUCCCAAAUUCCAACAAGACUGAUAAAGCUUCAAUGUUGGAUGAGGUGAUAGAAUAUCUGAAACAGUUGCAAGGCCAAGUGCAGAUGAUGAACAGAAUCAACAUGUCAUCCAUGAUGCUGCCAAUGACCCUGCAGCAACAACUUCAAAUGUCAAUGAUGGCUCCAAUGGGCAUGGGGAUGGGUAUGGGUAUGGGCAUGGGCAUGGGAAUGAUGGACAUGAACACAAUGAAUCGUGGUAACAUCCCUGGCAUCCCUCCAGUCCUCCACCCUUCAGCCUUCAUGCCUAUGGCCUCAUGGGAUGCCGCCGCCGGCGACCGACUUCAAGUGCCUCCGACCACAGUGUUGCCUGGCCCUUUGUCCACAUUUUUUGGAUGCCAAUCACAGCCCGUGAGAAUGGAUGCCUACAGUAGGAUUGCUGCCAUGUAUCAGCAGCUGCACCAACCUCCAGCUUCCGGUUCUAAGAGCUGAGCUGCUUGGUAAUAUUCUACCGUUGUGAUAAUGCUAAAUUACAAUAAGAAUGUGCAUCUACUUAUUCUUUGUGAGAAUAUAUAUUCCAACGCAAAGCAAGUGACUGUGAAAUUGACGACAACAAGAGUGGGCAUUUUAUUUAUUGUGAGAAAUAUGUAUAUUAGCUCGAAAGCAAGCGUGAGAAAUUUUUUCAUAAUCUAUAUAGUGCUUUCUUGUAGGGAGCAACUGGUUAAGAUUAGGUGGCUUUCUUGGUUAUUUUACCUUUAUAUUUAAGUUCGUGCAACUAGCAAGUUGUAUAAAGUGUUUGUUAUUUUAUUGAAUAACUAG